UUGGUGACACACUACACACAUGAAUUCUGUUGCACUUUAGCGAUGCAAAACGAAAGAGAAACAAACAUUUGUUCUGUCACAAUCUUGUCGGAACUUCACUAUUAAAAAAAGCCAGAGUUAUGACCCAUGACUGACUUGAAAGACAGCUGAGUAUUGGUUUGAACAUGGAGCUAUAAACUUAAAGUGGUUUGAAGUGGCGUCAAAUUAUGUGCAAGCUUUGACAGCUUGUUGGUUUUGUUCCAAACACCCUCAAGUGCUUCCCUCUGUUCGCCAACCAUGGGUCUUGUAACAAGCUGUUGUGGCCGGCGACCGAACAGGCGUCGUCUCCACAGUCAGACUGAAAAGACAGUCUACAAGAAAGGCAUGCGCUUGGUCAGUGCCUCGUAUAAUGCCCAAGAGUUUGACUUGACCUUUGACCAAAUGAAUAUAAAUGAGGCUACAGAAGAGGAAUUAAUGACCUUACAAGGGGUCACUCGCAAUAUCGCAAAAAACAUCAUCUCGUAUCGACAUCACAUCGGUGGAUAUCGAAAGCCGGAAGACUUGGUGUUAGUGUCGGGUAUUGGUGCAACGAAACUAGCAGCUUUUAGGUCUGAAGUGUACUGUGGACCCUAUGCAGUAACGUCUCAAAUGUCCAAGGUGCCUAGUCGAACUUCUUAUCAUAGAGUUAACUCAAGAGUUUCAUUUGAAAAUAAAACCAACAUCAACACUGCUACAGUUCCUCUGCUUGCCAAAGUUCCUGGCGUCGGACAAGACAAUGCAGAAUUUAUCAUCAAGUAUCGAGAAGAGAAUGGACCCUUCAUGUUGCUGACGGACAUUUGCAAAAUUCCCGAGAUAGGAACCUAUAGGUUUGAGGCAAUGCGGAAUUACUUGACUCUAGGUGAAAGCUCAGAGAGUACUGUCUCGACACCUUCCUUUCUGGAAAUGCGCAAGUGUUUGCUGUCCUCAGAGGACGAAGUGCUAGGUGCGACGCCAUCAAGUUUGACUCUAUCCAAAUCCCUGUUUACCCAAGCCACGCAAACGGACGAAGUCUUCUUGCCGCUAAUAAUGACAUCCAUGGAGAAAUGGGCACGCCCAGUUGUCAAACUUUCAGUUGAGGAUGGAAACAGCAGUGGACGGAGUACGCUUAGAAUUGCAACUUGGAAUCUGCAAAGAUUUAGUAGGGAAAAAGCUGAAAAUCUUGGAGUGAAAGAAGUCACCUGUAUGACCAUCUUAGAAAACAGGUUGAGCGUGGUUGUAGUGCAAGAACUAGCAGACAGGGAUGCUUUGGAUGUUAUCUGUAAUGAGUUGAAUGACCCAUCGCUGGCUGUUGUCAGAAACUGGCCGAGUCCUAGAGGGAUCUGGAAAUGUGAAACUUCAAAAUCGGCUGGGAGGAUGUUCCAGGGAGUAGAGUACAACGGUUUCCUGUGGAACACAUCGGACGAUGUGACGCUUUCUGAUUCAAGCCUCUUACAAGUCUCCAAGAAGGGCAAGAACGGUCGUACCUUUUCCCGCAAACCUUUUCUUGGCUACUUCAAGGCUAAGGAACUGGACUUUGUGCUCGUGUCUGUACACCUAAAGUUUCCAGGGCUGAAUAAUGGCACAAAAGAUAAACUAGAGGAAGAGAUCUGCCAUUUGGGCCUUCUAACAGAUGCACUGUCUGCUCAAUUGCCUGAUGAGAAAGAUGUUUUGAUCAUGGGCGACUUCAACAGCGGUCCGUCUGCACCAGACUUUAAAGCGCUGGCUUCGGCCGGGUACAGUAAUGCCAUCCCUGACGACGUCUUUACCAACAUAAGCAACAAGAAUCCAGAGGGCUCACAUUGCUAUGACAACGCUUGGUUCAGCAAGAAUUUAAGCAAAGCUCAUACCGGUGAGGUCCGUGUCAUCCGAGAAGGCUUGACACAUCCUUUGAUACCGGACGACUGGUCCUGGGGCGGGGUCGUGUCCGAUCACUGUCCGCUCUGGGCGGAGUUUUAUACUGACCAAGACCUCGACACCAGUAUCCCAGGACUCUUCACUCGCUUGUCCAGAGUCAGGAUUUUUUCUGAAAAGUAGAGGCAAAGCUAGACUGAAAUUAACCAGGAUGCAGACAUUUUUACUCUAGUGUGUUGUUCUUCCUGAGGUAAAGCCUAUAUGGUAAAAUCCACUCGCUUUUUCUGUAUUAAUUUGAUUUUGAAAGGGAUUUUCUUUUCACCUGACUGGCUUGUCCAAAGUCAGGAUUUCUUUCUGAAAAGAGGAAGGCGCUGCAUUGAAAUUCAACAAGUAAAGACUCUGGUUUGUUGUUCAUCCCCCUGAUAAAUCCUAUAAAAUCCAAUUAAAAUAAUAACAGUGGCUUCUUGUAUAGGUGCUUUAACACACAGUAUUCCCUGGACGAAGCAAUGGUUUUACAAGUGUCUUGCUUAAAGACAGUAGACACUAUUGGUAAUUGUCAAAGACUA